CUCUGCCUUUCGGGCUCUGAUGAAAUGCAAACAACUGCACAUUAACUAAUAAGCCCUGGAGACGAUCCGACGACUGCAAUUAUUUUUUUCCACCCAACCACCGACUUCUACUGCCUGCCCCAGACUUUCUCAUUUUGCCAUUUUCAAUCUUACUAACCCAUCCUUACCACCUCUCUACUUGACAGCUUGAUAAAAAAUGGGUCGCGUUAUUCGUGCUCAGAGAAAGUCUGGAGGAAUCUUCAAGUCGCACACCACUCACCGUAAGGGUGCUGCCAAGUUGAGAUCGCUCGACUAUGCUGAGCGCAACGGCUAUGUUCGCGGUAUUGUCAAGGAAAUCAUCCACGAUCCCGGUCGUGGUGCUCCCCUCGCCAAGGUUGUUUUCCGCGACCAAUACAAGUACCGUCUCCGUACCCAAAUCUUCAUCGCCACUGAAGGUAUGUACACCGGUCAAUUCAUCUACUGCGGAAAGAAGGCUUCCCUCUCCGUUGGCAACGUCCUUCCCGUCGGUUCUAUGCCCGAAGGUACCAUCAUCUGCAACGUUGAGGAGAGAGAUGGUGACCGUGGUGCUCUUGCCCGUACCUCUGGUAACUAUGCCACCGUCAUCGGUCACGGUGACGACGGUAAGACCCGUAUCAAGCUUCCCUCUGGUUCCAAGAAGGUUGUUUCCUCCGGUGCCCGUGCUGCCAUCGGUAUCGUCGCUGGUGGUGGUCGUAUUGACAAGCCUUUGCUCAAGGCUGGUCGUGCUUUCCACAAGUACAAGGCUAAGCGUAACAGCUGGCCCAGAACUCGUGGUGUUGCCAUGAACCCCGUUGACCAUCCUCACGGUGGUGGUAACCACCAGCAUAUUGGUAAGGCUUCUACCAUUCCCCGUGAUGCCUCCGCUGGUCAGAAGGUUGGUUUGAUUGCCGCCAGAAGAACCGGUUUGUUGCGCGGUAGCAAGAAGCUCAAGGAGUAAAUGUAGCACGAUGAUAUUCAAAGUAGCCGCCAAUAAAAAAAGUAACACACAGAUUUGUUUCAUUGUUAAACGUCGAUAUAACAUCAU